AUGGAAGUAGACUUGUACCAUGUGGUCACCGGCAAUUCUGGCACCCCCCCAGGUGGCGAUCUCCUUUCUGCAUCGUCUUCCUCGUCGCCGGCAGCUGCUAACCCCCCCGCUGCAGGGGGAACUCCCUCAUGGGAGAGAACCUACGAAACGAAAUCUGCAGCCGCCGCCGCCGCCACCAACAGUGCCUAUGAGAGAGAAAUCUACGAGAACCCCCUUCUGCCAUAUUCCAGGUUAGAAGGUGGAUCAUCCUACGGUACGUUUGGGGAAACAGGAGGAAGGGAGGGAAGCCCUUCUCCCUCUGAUUUGGAACAUAUGAAGGCCAAGAUCACCGCCCAUCCCCGGUACUCAACCCUUGUCGAGGCGUAUAUAGAGUGCCAGAAGGUAAGUAACCUCAUUAAGUUUCACUUAAUUGAUAGUCUCAUCAAUUAUACUUGUUUCUCACGAUAGUUUACUCAAUGCCCAGGUCGGAGCGACGCCACGGGUGGCGGCGCGGCUGGCGGCGGUUGCCGGUGAGUUGGGUACCCAACAGCGGGCGGCCAGAUGCUUCCAUGACGCGCCUUCCGUUGAUCCUGAGCUUAGCCAAUUCAUGGUGACGAUCACCAGCGAAGCCCUCAUUUAGUUGAUUCCACUCACGAAACUUUUGAUCAUUAUAUGCUGCAAUAAAGGAGGCAUACUGUAACGUACUGGUGAUGUACCGGGAGGAGCUGAAGAGGCCCCUGCAGGAGGCCAUGGAUUUCCUUCGGAGGGCGGAAGCGCAGCUCAAUGAACUCUCCGCCGGUUCUCCAUGGCUCUUCUCUGGUAAUCAUCUCCGCCAUACUUAUCUGCGUAGAGUACACAUGGGUACCAAAAUAUGCGUGAAAACCUAGUAAAUAUUAUAAAAUGAUGAAUAAAGUCAUGACAUUACCUGUAUGAGCUACAUCUAGUAUUUGCUGAUUGACCUAGAAUUAAAUGAUCGAAUCUUCUAUUUUCUGUUACUUUCAAGGGACGGGGGAAGAAGCCACCUUGGUGUUUGGGCUUAGGGUUGGAACGGCCACUCUUAAUCUUUGAGAUGCUUGACAGCAGAGCCUCACAAAUCGCUGGGCAGCAGAGCCUGACAGUAUUAUCCAUAUGAGAUGCUUAAACCUCUCUAUCUACAUAUCCACGUGGCGUGCAGUGUUGUCAAACAAUGAAAGUUAUUUACUCCUACCAUACCUCAUAUCACUACUGUGUGUGUGUGUGUCCGGCCCAGUUCUUCCCAGUUUUAUUCUCCUCUCUCCAUAUGUAAGCACCCUCCCAAAGCAGUGAGACAAGACGUUCAUUCAUUCAUUAUUCCUUAUAGACGAUAGGGAGAGCAGACGUCCCUCUGGCAAACAGAUGAGCUUGUGGAGCCUAAGGAGAAGGAAACCCCCCCCCCCCCUCCCCCCCUCCGGCGCACUCACCCACUCCUUUAGGGUUCUAGGGGGAGAUGAUGGCACCACGGGAAAAGCCAGUGAAUAAUCAAUAAUUGUUCCCAACCCUUCCAUAGUUGACAUGAUAUGGAAGUCCUGGCCACCUGAUUCUUCUCCAGUCAACCCCACCUGGGUACCUCAUAUGGCUAGCACUGUUUCGUCCAUGGCUAGGGGAAAGGGUGUGGUGCAACUCCUCACUGUUACAACCACUGAUGAAAGCACAGGCUAGGGUCCGAUCUCUUUCUCUAUCUUUCUAGCCAUUCCGUUUACGUGAAAGAAUAAUCUACGUGGUGUCGUGCCGUUCCUCUCAGUCUUCACCAAAGGAAAGUUCUUGAGGGAGGGAGGGAGAGAGAGAGAGAGAGAGAGAGUAACUUUAUAUGGGUGGUCAUCCAUCUCCGGUUCGAAUUUGAGAAGGGUUUUAUGCACGUGAACAUCGGCCUUUAGAUCGACGGAAUCAAUUUUCUGGCUCCCAGGAGCUAAAAAAUUAUGGCCAUAGAGAUAUCAGGAAAAUGGGUUCUAUUAUCUGAUUUUUGGAACACUAGCUAGAGAGAGACGGAGAGAGAGAGAGAGAGAGCAUGAAGUGAUGAACGUCUGUUGCACCCCCGCAGAGGAAAACUUCGAAGACAGCUGGUCGUCUGAAGAGGACGGGGAUGCCUGUGGGAGAGGAAGAGAGCUCGCCGAGGACCGUCAACAGGCCAUGGGCAGAGAUCUCAAGAACAACCUCCUGAAGAGGUACGGCGAGCACCUCUGCAGCCUCAAGCAGGAGCUCUCGAAGAAGAAGAACAAGAAAGGCAAGCUGCCCAAGGAAGCCAGACAGAAGCUGCUCAUCUGGUGGGAGCUGCACUACAGCUGGCCAUAUCCGUCGGUAUAUAUCCUUAUUUUUAAUUUCACAAUUAAUUACUAUACUUUCUCCUCAUUUCUGUUAUGUUAGAAUAAUCCCUCAUUUAUUUCUUACACAUGGGCGACUCCUUUCAUAAAUCGCUAGUUCUGCGUAAGAUGAUCUGAUACGAUAACGAUUGAAAUUCUUAGCAUAACAAUGAUCGAUCUUACAGGAAUCAGUAGACCUCUCGCCUUCGCUCUUGCAUUCUUACCAACACCUACUAAUUUUAGGUUUCCGUCCAUCUUGUGAGAGUAGGAAUCGGAGAAGGCGGCCUUAGAGGAGUCGACAGGCCUCACCCAGAAUCAGAUCAGCAACUGGUUCAUCAACCAGAGGAAGCGCCACUGGAAGCCAUCGGAGGAUGCCCGGCCAGGAGUGGGAGAGGGGCGGGCGGCAGCUGUGUACAUGGCCGGGCAGUCCUUCCCCGGCGACGGGCGAUACCGGGCUGGGCCCUGA